AUGCUGUUCAUGCAGUCCUAUUUCUUUUGCGCAUCCGUGCGCUUGGGCGUUAUAAUUAUCAGCAUAUUUGCUAUGGCCAAAAGCAUUGUUGUUAUGUAUAUUAUCCUAACGCAUGGCAUUGACUUUUUGCCCAUGAUGAUUGACAAAUUUGACACAGAGUCUGCGUACAGAGAAAGUUAUUUUAUGGUUAAGGAUACUAUAGACUGGAUGGAGCAAGAUCCCAAAGUAGCAACUGUUCUACUGCAAGUCUAUAGCAUAAGUCACAUAGUAUCUUGUUUAGCAGCUGCCUAUGGCGCUUACAAACUUAAGAAACUGUUUGUCUUGCCGCUUGCCUGCUUUGAGUUCACUUACCUGCUGCAAAUAGUAGCCAUGGUCAUAUUAUUUCUGCGCAUCAGCAGACAUUUUUUAAAUCUGAGCAGCUUAAUCUUAGUUACACUUAUAGCCACUGCCUAUGCAAUACUUGUAUUUUACGAUUUGUUUGCUUUAUUGGCAUUUGUGCAAAUUGUAACAUUGGUCAGCAGCAAACGCUAUCAACAAUUCUAUGGAACGAAUCCCUUUAAGCCAUGUUUACUGAGAACACAACAAGCAAAGCUAAAAUGCUCGUUACCGCAGCACAAUUCCGAGAAACUAACUGAAUAUGCAAAGUACUUUCAGCCAGCAGAGCUAAUGAAUGACAUAAUGUUGCGUAAUGCUUUGCGUAAAGCUAUAUUGAUUGCUUAA